CGCCCUCUUGCCUGACCACCCAAAGCGUCCAUCUAGUUGUGCUUUGUGCUUGGUGUGUUCUUCUCCUUAUUAUUAGACAACAAUACCUAUAAAAAAAUGCAUUCUGCAGUGUGAAUUUUCAUCUCUAACAACAGAACUAAUCAUAAAAUGUAAAAAAAAGUGUCGGCCAAUAGUGCACUUUCAUCUCCCCGAACACACUAUUUUUGGCUUCAAAGUUAUAUAUCUGCCCUGUGCCAAGGAGAACAAAAUACCAAACUUCAUUCUCCACAGGACUAAUUACAAAAGGCUCAUGCUGUGCAGUGGGACAAAACAGAAAAACAUGUGCUGGGAAGUGAACGGAAACAAUUUUCUUAUUAGUUAAUCGACACGAGGAAAAAACUGGCAGGACCAACGCUGUCACUAGUGAGAUCGGUACGAGACGAAUUUUAUAAACUUCAAGCAUCUAACAGUCUACAGAUCAAGUGCAAUGAUCAUUUGGACUUUAUUGACACAUUGAAACAUUUGUUGAUGCAGAAGAAUCUCAUCUUCACUGGUCCAGAGUGAAUUUAUUUUACGCGUCGGAGACUGGUUGUCGGCAUUCAGUUCUACUGUACCGGUUAUUAGAGUUCCUUCCAGAUAAAAGUGGAUGAAGGGUCGCCACUAUCGCUGCAGCCGCUAAAAGUGACAGCAUUGGCCUUCUCAGUUUUAUCUCUUGGCUAAUAAACACAAAAUUGGUUAUAUGUUAUGUUAUAAAUUAACAACGUAAUGGCCACUAUUUGGAAUGCAGUGUCUUCUUAUCAUCUGUUAAUACUAUUAGGUUUAUUGAGCUUAGUUUCUGGCCACGAUGUCAAGGGAUCGACUUAUUGUGAGUUUUACAAUGAGACGAUGUGUUCAGGAUGCUCUGAGCGUGAAGAAUGUACACCACAUGAACCUGAUCGCAGAAAUCACUGCUAUGUGUUGUGGCAAAUUGACGAUGUGACUAAAAAGUCAACUAUAAAAUUAAAGGGCUGCUUUUUAGAUAGCCAAGAGUGUUAUGAUAAGAAUCAAUGCGUUGAGCGUCAUGGCGAUCGGGUGAAAAAAUUGUUCUUUUGCUGUUGCGAGGGUAACAUGUGUAAUCAGAAUUAUACAUGGGAUCCGCAACCUACAGAGCCACCAACGGAGCAACAUGAUUUCAAACCAGUUCCCAAUACUGAACAACAAAUUCUAACAUUGGUCCUUUCUGUAUCAAUUCCCCUGCUUGUCCUAAUACUAGUGUUGUCAGCGUUGUACUGGUGCUACAAGCGUAGAAAACUGGGGUAUUUUAAUGAGGUGCCAACUUUGGAGCCUUUGCCACUGCCUCAACCGUCGCCAAAUUUAGGCUUACGUCCAAUACAACUGGUGGAAAUAAAAGCCAGAGGACGAUUUGGUGCUGUUUGGAAGGCUCAAUUAAAGAAUGAAGUGGUCGCUGUUAAAGUAUUUCCAGUGCAGGAUAAACAAUCGUGGCAAACUGAGCAGGAGAUUUUUAAACUAGCCCACAUGGACCACGAGGAUAUUCUCCACUUUAUUGGAGUAGAAAAGAGGGGAGAUAAUUUGCAGGCCGAGUUCUGGCUCAUUACGGCAUAUCAUGAGAAAGGUUCACUGUGUGAUUAUUUAAAGGCUAAUGUUGUCAGUUGGUCAGAAAUGUGCAGAAUAUCGGAGUCCAUGGCUAGGGGCUUGAUGCAUCUCCAUGAAGAAAUACCGGCUAACAAGGCUGAUGGUUACAAACCAGCGGUCGCGCACAGGGAUUUCAAAUCCAAAAAUGUUCUACUAAAAGCCAAUAUGAGCGCGUGUAUUGCUGAUUUUGGUCUAGCACUCAUUUUUCAUCCGGGGAAACCAUGUGGUGAUACUCACGGACAAGUUGGAACACGAAGGUAUAUGGCUCCGGAAGUCCUUGAGGGUGCUAUAAAUUUUACACGCGAUUCAUUUCUACGGAUAGACAUGUAUGCGUGUGGUCUUGUUCUCUGGGAAUUGGCGUCUAGAUGUACUGUCCAGGAUGGACCAAUUGGAGAGUAUAGAUUGCCAUUUGAAGAGGAAGUAGGGCUACACCCUACCCUGGAAGAUAUGCAGGAAAGCGUGGUCCAUAAAAAAGAACGUCCACUGAUCCUGGAGACUUGGCGAAAACACAAUGGUCUUGUUGCAAUUUGCGAUACAAUGGAAGAAUGCUGGGAUCACGAUGCCGAAGCUAGGUUGUCAGCGUCAUGUGUAAUGGAACGAGUGGCGACACUUAGCAGAAGUCUCGUUAUUAAUUCGUCAACACUGAUCCGGGUUGACAAUACAAACGAGUCUCUCAAUACCAAGGAAUCUAAUCGACACUUACUUGUCUGAACCGUACGAGGCCACGGGAUACGUAAUUAAUUGUACAGGGAAUUCUACUGAUGAAGAUUUUAACGCUGACUAAGGAUGCAGAAUAAGCUGCAUAGUAAAUAAAACUUAUCGAUUUGUUCAAAUAAAAUGAAAAUUAAUAGAUGACGAAAAAAACAAUUUUAUAUGCAAUAGGUCAGAUAUAUUUAUCAAAUAUCGUAUAUUUUCCUUGUAAUACACACUAGAGUCCGGCCGUCGCCGAUAGUCUAUGCGCAUGCUUCGUUUUCAUCUCCGAGAGCAUGAUAAUUCUUGAAAUAUCCAUCAAUUAGACGUUUGCAUUGACUGAUAUUGGGUUUUGAUAGUGCCAAAUAGUGUAGACAAAUGCCAUAUAUUUUUCUUUUCUUUGACAUUUUUGGUUUCUCUUAUUUUUCUCUAUCUACAUAAUCGAAACAUUAAUUUAUAUUAUUAUUAAGAAAGGAAAAGCGCAGAAGAAAUUUGUGUAUGUGAGGUACUUCCGGACUUCAUUGACUCCACGUCAUUUAAUCCUCGAAAAAAGACUUUGAACAAUAUAAUUUUGAAAAACAAAUUCAAUACAAAUAAUCUUUGUAAGGAAAUUUUGCCAAAAAUAUUUUAAACACAGAGAAACCCCAUAUUAUGUAAAAUACUCAAAGCUCACUUUUCAAUGGAGCGUGACAAGCAUCGUCUAAUAUUUUAGAAAUAGAAAUAGUUGAUUUAUCACAUGGCAUAUUUUUCCAAAAUACAUUCCUGCAAUUUCAUUAUUUAUGACGAACAGGAAUUCUGAAUUAUUACUCAAAAUGUGCGUCAAAAUGGGAUGUAAAAAGAAGCUAGAUAGAGCGCAUAAUCUUUAUCUCCACUCUUACAUUCUUGAACUUUGUGUGGAAGUUCCGUAAUUUUCCAAAAUUCAGAAUUGUGCAAUAUAAAAUUGAAGAGCCUGGUCUCUCUCUCUCUCUCUCCAGAGAGAGAGACCCCCCCUCUCUCUCUCUCGCGCCGUCUCUUGCCUAGCACACAAGAUAAGGAAGAAUGAAGAGAUAUUAUUUACCAUCGAUAGAUAUAUAACAAUACAUCUUUUUCACUGUUGAUACAGGCUAAUUUCUUUCUAUAAUAUUGUUCGUUACAAAAUUUCUGCGACUUCACAUUUAAUUGAUCAAAUGAACUUUGCGAAGAAGUAAUGCUGUGUUAAUUCAUUGAGAAAUUUUCAAAAUGUAUUAUACACAAAGAAUUAAUUAGCGAUACACUCAACAAUGAACAUACUAAGUUCUACGGUUCGAAAUUUUACGAAAAAUUUCAGAGUACGUUUUUAUGUGCUACUAAUAAUAUUUAUAUCCGGUGAACAUGAAAUUCCUAUCGAGCUACUUCACUUAUUAAUUAUAUUUGCCCUAGUAUCCAUUCGUAGGAAUAUUUUUCAUAUGUUUAAUUACCUUGUUAAUGUUGUCAGUUAGAGUGUUUUUGAAUUUAUGGGGCAAAGCUCUGAUUGCCGCCAGAAUUGACGAAUAAUUUUCUUUUUCUUCAAUUUUUUCGUUAAUAUAAUGAAUUGAAGGUGGGACAGAGACUGAACGGACAUACUUCGUCCAAUUUUUUAUAACACUAAUCAGUAAUUACAUAAUUGCUUUCUGGAUUACGUGGCUGCUAUCAUUAUAUGUUAUAUUUGCAAUUAUAUACAAAAUAUAUAAGGAUAAAUGAGCUCGAACAAUAUCUUCACUUUGAAUGCUAUGGUCCACACAUUUAAAUGUGAAUAUGAAAAAAAAGAUGAUUAAUUAUGUACAUAUUAUCACGGUAUACCCAUAAAAUGAUACAUUAUUUAUUGGAAAAUUUCAAACUGCCCGCAAUGAAACUUGUUUUUCAUUUAUCAUCCAAUAAUAUUAAUUAUAUUAAUGUUCAGAAGGUUUUAA